UUUUCUUAUUAAUUACAAAACAUUCCAUUUCUUUUUUCAAUUGUUUUUAAUGGUUUUCAGAAAUUAAAAGCCCAACACAUUUGCUUCUGUCCAACUAAACAAAACAACCCAAUAAUUUAAAAAUUUAAAGUCAAAGAAGCCCAACAAUAUUUUCUUUAAAAAAAAUUAUAAGUCAAUUUAAAUACAUAAUUAUUAUUUAAUAUUUAUGUAAUUAUAAUUUAAUAUUUAUGCAUUAUUUAAAAAUAUGUAGAAUGAAAAACGUAAUGUCUAUUACAUUUUUCAUAUAAUAUUUAAUUAAUAAGUUAAAAUUGUAAAUAAAUAACCUUAGCAAAUAUAUAAUCACAAUAUGAUUAAAUUUAUUGAGUAGAAGUUUGCACAAAUUAAUUAGUACACAAAUUUAUUAUUAUAUAAUAAAAAUAAAGAAGACAAUAUUAUAAAAAAAUUACUAUAAACAAAUAUAAAAUCUAUUAAAAUAUAAAUUAUAAAAAUAUUUAUUAAUUUAAAUGAAAUUUUAAUAAGAAAUGAUUCUGCGCUUUGAAAGCGCGGGUCAAAAUCUAGUUACUUAAUUAAAUCUUAUACUAAUUCAAUUCUAUGUGUAAACAUAGAAUUCCGUGUCUACACUAUAACAUUUUAUUUCUAUUUGACCAAAUGGUUACUUUUUUUUUUCUGUCACAGACCAAAUGGUUACUUAAAUUUAGAAUAUUAUAAGACUAACCAAUGAAAUUUAAACCAUUUUACAAUCUCUAGCUAAGUGAAUCAUCAUAAUACUCAAACCCAUUAUAGGAUAGAGUUUCUUAUUCGUAGAUAUUCAGAGUGUGAACUGAGCACAUGUCAUAGAUAAGUGACAUUUGCUAUAAGCUAAUAUUUAGUUUAGACUUAAAGAGUAGUUGACAAAAACUACAACUUUGUUUUUAAGUUUUUUUUUCUUAACUAGUGGACCUUGAAUCUAGUGGACCCUAAAAGUGGAAGAAGUAAUUACAUUUCUACAUGUAUAUAUUUUUUUAAAAAAAAACUGAAAUGAAAACUUUAUGCAAGGAUGUCACGUAUAAACCGAACAAUGGUCAAAAUUUUCAUUCAAUAUAUAAAUUAUUAAAGAAUUUACGAAAAGAGUAUGGCUGACUUUUGAGAGCAGUAUAUAAGGGUAAGAGUAUGCAUCUAAUUAACUUAAAACAACAAAGACAAUUGGUCUACUUCUCAAAUUGAUCCAAAGACCAAAGAUUCCUAAAGCCACUUGAAACUAAAAAUGGCUCCACAAAAAUUCAUCAGAAAUGGCAUGACAAGUUUACCUCGGCUCGUAGAAGAGUAUCUCUCUAUGUUGAAGGAAACAUACGAAGGAACGGGAUUGCACCUAGCCACGCAACAAGGGGACGAGGUAUAUGCAAAGAAAAUAAUCGAGCUCUGCCCUUCCUUAGUAAGUUCCACCAAUUCCAAAGGUGACACUCCUCUUCAUGUUGCUGCUCGUUUGGGAUACACAAGCAUCUUUAUUUGGAUGUUAGAGUCCAUAAAAUUGCAUAACGCAUGCGAGCGAAAAACCAUAGAUGCAGAAAUGAUGAAUAAUGAUGGCUUAACACCUCUGCAUUGUGCGGCAAUGAAGGGUUCUGUUGAAAUCCUUAAGGAAUUUCUCAAUAGGGCUCCCUCUUCUUUCUACUCAGUCACAUUAGAAAAGAGAGAAACUGUGUUUCAUAUAGCUGCGAGACACAAGCAAAACGAAGCCUUCAUCUCAAUGGCAAAGAGUGACAACUUAGGCCAACUUCUCUACCAGCUUGACAUAGACGGCAACACGGUGCUUCACGUUGCCGCCUCCGUAGGCUCUAUUGCGCUGGUAAACUAUAUAAUGGAGGAGACAAACGUAAAAGUCACCACGAAGAACAAGAACGGUUUUGUAGCGGUUGACCUUCUCAACGAAGAGGAUAAAGAUUUCCUUAAGCUAUCUAACGCUCUGAUGUGCGGUCAACGCUCUUCAAGUCCUAGAGAGAUUGGAAACCAAACAAAAGCAGUGAUUCUUCAUCGUGCAGACGAUGACACGAUAAAGAAGCGCCAGAAGGAGAUUCUAAGAUUUCAAAGCAGUGAUACUCCAAACAAAAAAUUUGAGAUGCAAUUGGAGGCUUUGCAAAGCGCUAGGAAUACUCUCGCCAUUGUCGCGGUCUUGAUUGCAUCUGUUACUUUCACAUGCGGUUUAAACCCACCUGGUGGGGUCUAUCAAGAAGGAUCCUACAUUGGGAAAUCAACCGCGGGGAAAACCAUAGCUUUCAUGAUCUUCUGGAUAAGCAAUAGCAUCGCGUUGUUUACAUCAGUGAGUAUGGUCAUUCUUCUCGUCAGCAUUAUACCUUACAGGGAGGACUCGCUUUUAAAGUUCUUGGUUAUAGCUCACUGGAUGAUGUGGGUGGCUGUAGCAGCCAUGGCAAGUGCUUAUGUCUCCGCGGCAUUGGUAACUUUACCUCAUUUUGGAGAAACCAAUUGGUUAAUCUAUGCCACUGUUGCUAUUGCUAGCUUGACGCUAGGCGGUAUGUUUGUUUAUCUACGGUUUAAUCUGGCUAAAUGCAUGUUUAGGAAGGUUACGCUUCUUAAAUGCUUGUCUACUCCGCCAGUACGCAAGAAUGGAUACGUAGACAUGGCGGCCAAUAUCGAGAAAGGCUACUACUCUUAUUGCUGAAUUCGUAUUUAAUAUAUAGGAAUCAAGU